UUGACAACUGAAGAGUGAAUUCCAAAAUCAAAAUAGGAGCAACAUUCUACACACACACACCUUCAAAAUGAGGGGUGUUCAGGUUUUUUAAAUGCAAAAUUGAAAGAAAUACGUCAAGUUGAUAUUGACCAAAUUUUGACCGUAUCACCCUUUAUUAUCGAAAAAUGUCCAAUCAGAUUCGAAGUGUCUAUGUGGAUAAUGUUUAAUUAUUUCCACGUAUACCAGAUGAUCUAAGUUCUCCAAAUCGUCCUGCAGUUCAGAUGAUUUGUUUUACUAGAUCAACAAAGACUGGUAUAAUAUCUGUAGUAUCGGAAUAUCGAUAUGGAAAUUCUAGAACAUUUGACAUACACGGAAAUAGGUUGGCAUGAUCCACAUAGACACUGCAAAUUUGUUUGGACAUAUUUCGAUACUACAGAUAUUGAAUUAGUCUUGGGUGAUCUAAUAGAAAAAUAAUCUGAUCUCCAGAAUGAUUUCAGAACCUAUAACAUCUUGAAUACGUAGCAAUAGGUCGGACACGAUCCACAUAGACACUUUGAAUCUGUUUGGACAUAUUUCGAUACUACAGACAUUAUAGCAGUCUUGGUUGAUAUAGUAGAACAAAUCAACUGAACUACAGGACGAUUUGGAGAACCUAGAAUAUCCGGUAUACAUCGCAAUUACUCGCACAUAUACGGUUCGUUUAUGAUUUGACAACUAUAAAUGCUAUGUUCAUAUUGGAAAAAAGGAAAAUGUCUCACAUUGGACAGACCUCGGGGAAUUUCCGUGUAAGUCCGGUGUGACUUAUAGAAUUGAGAUCAUUUCUCGAUUAUUUGUAGGGUGUUUGGUUUGAACCGGUAAAAAUGAGAGCCAAAUGAAAAACAAAAUUGAUGAUAGCAAAAUAAUCCGGUACGGAAAGGUUACAAUGAAUUCCAAAAUUUUUGUGACAGCACAUCAGCCCAUUGGCGAUUCUCGCGACAUCAUUUAAUGUUUCCGCGAUUUUCGCGACUGAAAGUUCAAAUCCGCGAAAUUCGCUAAAACCGCGCCUGUUGUAACAGCCCUGGAUAUGGUUAUCAGAGACACAAUAGACCGCUCUUUGGAAGCUUCUGGUUACUCCAGCCCAGUCGUGCCGAUUCCCGCCAGUGUCAGCAUAGUCGUCCUGGACCUGUGGCUGGAUAUGAAUCAGGAGUCUUCCACCUUGCCUCUACAAGCAAGUACAAUCAAUAUAUUGACUAUUCACUGCCUGAUGCCGAUCAAAUGUUCAGCAAUUCUGACUAUGUUAGUCAUUGAUGCCUCUGUAACUCCCAAUCCUGGAAACCCGGAACGCGCCGUAGAAAGCCCCAUGGAAGCCCCCAAUCCCUCCGUCUCAGUCCUGCCAUCAGCAGCCUUCGUUCAUCAUAGUCGUUCCGGACCUGCUGUCGGAUGUGGAGAGGGGGUCUUCCAACCCACUCACUAUGGCGAGUGUCCAAUGAGGCUUGAUGAUGGUCAGUUAUUGCCUGAUGUAUCUGGGAUUUCCCGGGAGAGCAGUCGUUCGAUUCCUUGCCGCAAGCAGGACGUCGUGAUCUUCUACCAAAACGCCGGUGGAAUGAAUUCUGAUGUUGAAGAGUACCGCCUAGCUGGAUCGGAUCGUUGCUACGAUAUAACUGUCCUGUGCGAAACGUGGCUCGAUUAUCGAACGCCUUCCAGUCAAGUCUUCGGUCCUGACUACGAGGUCUUUCGUUGCGAUCGGAAUCCUAACAACAGCCGUAAAUCUACUGGUGGAGGUGACCUUGUAGCUGUCCGUAGCGGGUUGGAGGCAAAGGCCAUCGAGAACGAUUCAUGGAACUAUGUGGAGCAGGUUUGGACAGCCAUCAAUCUGGGUGAUCGCACACUAUUUUUAUGCGCUCUGUACAUUCCACCUGAUCGAGUCCGCGAUAAUGAACUCAUCGAUACUCACUGUUGGUCAGUUUUCACAGUUAUCGAAAGUGCCACUCCAGUUGAUGAGGUAUUCAUUUUUGGUGACUUCAAUCUGCCAGGCGUUUCGUGGAGUCCAUCUCAUAGCGGAUUCCUGUACCCAGAUCCUGAUAGCUCUACAUUUCACGCAGGAGCUAUUAGCCUUCUCGACAACUACAGCGCAGCGACGCUUUCUCGAAUUAACCAUGUAGUUAACGAAAAUACUCGUAGGGCUCCAUCAAUUUCCUCGGCUCCUUAUGCACUAACUAAGCUAGUUCCACAUCACCCUCCUCUAAUUGUCACUGUUGAGGACAAACUCGUGCGUGAUUUCGACGACUAUCCUGCUAGGGUUUCUUAUGACUUCCGUAAAGCUGACCACCGUAGCAUCAUAGAUGUAUUGUCUAGCAUGGUAUGGGAGAACAUCCUUGAUCCAGAUGACGUUGAGGCUGCAGCGCAAACCUUUUCACAUGUCUUAGCAUAUGUCAUUGACAGACACGUCCCGAAAAGAACUCACCACAAAGUGUCUCACCCUCCCUGGCAGACGAGAGAGCUACGUAGGUUGAAGUCAAUCAAGAGAGCAGCAUUGUGAAGAUUUACGAAGUAUCGCACGCUUCCUCUGAAACUACAUUAUGUGAGGCUGAAUCACAUGUACCAGCGAGUCAGUCGUGAAUGCUUUUCAAGUUUCCAACGAGGCAUCCAGCGCAAAC